AUGCUAUUCAAAAAAACCCUUUUUUACAUUCUAAUAAAAUGUUUAUUAUAAUUUUUAUUUAAACUGGACCAGUCAAUUUAUCCACCUUCAUACAGAAGGAUUAAAUAAUAAGAAGAAGAAAUGCGAAAAGGGUUGACAGAAGAAGAAAUUAAAAAAUUAGAAGAAAGUACAUAGAAAAAAGCAUUGGAAAUGAUAGAAUUGCUAAAGGUCUAGCCUGAAAUAUAUAAAUAAGAAAAUAAUUUGAAAUAAGAAUACCCUCCAUCAAUUUAUGAGGUAGUCAAAGAAUAAUAGGAUUGUGAAAUUUUAUCCUCUUUGAAUGAGUCAGAUCAAUAGAGUAUAUCUUAAAUGAAUAGGAAAAAACAUGUAAGUAAUUAGUAUGGUAAGCUAUGUACAAAGAAUACAUUUAUGAUAAAUAAAUUAAAGAGAAAAAAAAACAAGAAUAAUAAUAACAAAAUUCUUAGAAUGGAAAUAGACAAUAAAAUUAAGGGAACAAGGUGUUCAUAAUCUAUUUUCAUAAUAUAAUUAUUGAGAAGAUCCAGAUUUAUUGAUUUUUAUUAUCCAAAUUUUAUGA